CGCACUCCUUGGCCUGGUGUCUCCGGCACAGAUGCAAACCUCGGUGGGCACCAUGCUCCUCACCGCGGCCCGCCAGGCGUUGCAGGUCGACUGUGUCUUCGUGAACGGUGGCAACAUCAGGGCGAGCGUGGCUUACCCUCUCUCACAAAAAGUCUUCACCUACAAGGACCUGAAGGCAGAAAUCCCUUUCCCUUGCGAAAUGGUCACCGUUCGCCUACCCGGAUCUGUCCUCUCCUCCCUUCUCCAGUAUUCUCGCCAAUUUGCCCUCCUGGAUCCCCCCGUCGAGAAAGGGGGCUUCUUGCAGGUGGACGAAGGCGUCCGCGUAGACGCUUCCACGCACGCGAUCACCCACGUUCAAGGCCGGCCUUUGGAAGCUUCUAGAAUGUAUUCCCUGGCCACUACCUGGGGGGUGGUCUCUGGCAUCGAUGAUUUGCGCCCCAUUCUCGAUUACCGAGAAGCACACCCGGAGGCGGUUUUCCCUACCUCGGCCGAGGCCGGGCGGGGCUUGAAAGAGGUGUUGGUCGCGCACCACAGCCGCAUGCUCUGGUGGGACCUGGCGAAGCACGUCGGGUUCCGCGCCAUGGACACGGACGGUGACGGGGUCCUGUCCCAGAAGGAGGUGGCGGCUGCGACACAGGCCUGCUAUGGGGAGGCCCUCUCGCGCCUGGUGGUAGCCAAUUUGAUGGCCACCGCGGACUUCGAUGGGGACGGAGUCAUAUCGGUGAAGGAGUUCAUCCGCAUCUGCCUCUCCCAGGAGGCCGCGUUCCAAGACGGCGACACGGACAACGACGAGCGCCUGAGCUUCGAGGAAGUCUGGUCGUUGUUGAAGGCGCACUAUGACGGUAACAGCAAUGGGAGCCACACUCCCAUCCGAGCGGCAGGGGAGGGGAAGGGUUUGACAGAGGCAGACGUCCGAGAGAUGUAUGAUGAGAUUGACUCGGAUAAAAGGGGUGGGAUCAGUUGGGCAGAGUUUCGAGAGCACAUGGCGCGACAAAGGGAGCCCACCGCCCUGGUGAUUUGA